GCAAGAAAGCCAAGGAAAACACUCAUUUCCUUCUUCCUUCCUUCUCUACCAUAUAGCCAAGAACCGAAGGUAGCUUGCGACUUGGCAAGCUACAAGUUGGGCGAUUCAAGCAGCAGGAUGGUGGCGCCGGUGGUGAUCGCGUCGGCGGGGCUGGGCAUGCUGGCCGGCGUGGCGAUGGCCAACCGGUCCCUUGGGGACGGGCUCCCGGCGGCCUACAGGUGUGACGCGCGCCCGCGCUGCGCCACGUGCGGCGGCUCCGGCCGAGUCGAGUGCUUGUGCAACCGCUGGUCCGAUGGCGACUCAGGCUGCCGGACCUGCGCGGGGUCGGGGAGGAUGCCCUGCCGCAGCUGCGGCGGCUCCGGCACCGGCAGGCCGCUCCCGGCGCGGCUCACCGUCCAGCACCAGAAGCCGCCGCCGCCGGCCGGCUACAACUGAUGGAAUAAUUAGGUAUCCAUAUCCGUGGAUUGUAUAAUUCACGCGGGAAUAUAUAUAUGGUGCAACCCAUCCAGGAAAUCAGUUCAACUGCGAGAUGAUUAUGCAUGUACAUGCCUCUUCUUCAAGACCGGUUGUAAUAUAUUGUGCUGAGGACACUCGGUGUCGCUGUUGUUCAGUUAAUAUGCAAAUUGCACAGCACAAGAAAGAAGAAGAAAAACUGUGUUGAAAUGGUUUUUUUCUUUAGAGAUCUAAGGAAAAUAUAUGAUUGAGAAGGGAGAGCUGUCCGUGAUUCUAAACACAGUUUUGUUGUAUGUAGUUAAUUCUGGUGGAUGUAAUGUAUCAUACACAUGCUUAGAUUCGUUAAUAUAUAGAUGCACCCACAUGAACAUGAUUUACUGAGAUUAAAUU